UGGACUCCCUUCAAUCCAGUGACUGUCCGGUCGAUUAUAUGCCAAGGACGAUGAUUCCACCAGGGGACUGCAUGUAUGCGGGAAGGAAAAGAAGGAAACCCAUUCAGAAACAGAGGCCCACCGUUGGGGCUGAGAAGUCAAACCCCUCCAAGCGGCACCGGGACCGUCUCAAUGCAGAGCUGGACCACCUGGCCAGCCUCCUGCCACUUCCACCCGAUGUCACAUCGAAGCUCGACAAGCUAUCCGUCCUGCGCCUCAGCGUCAGCUACCUCAGGGUGAAGAGCUUCUUCCAAGUCGUGCAGGAGAAGUGCUUGCGGCAGCCGGCGGCUGGGGCCCCCUCACCUGGUGACGCUCGUGCACUCAGCGGGUCCACCGUGCUGGAGGGAAGGCUGCUGCUGGAGUCUCUCAAUGGCUUUGCUCUGGUCGUGAGUGCAGAAGGGAUGAUAUUUUAUGCCUCAGCAACGAUCGUGGACUAUCUGGGCUUCCAUCAGACGGACGUCAUGCACCAGAACAUUUACGACUAUAUCCACGUGGACGACCGCCGGGACUUCUGCAGGCAGCUGCACUGGGCCAUGGACCCGCCCCUGGCGGUGUGUGGGCAGCCCACCCGCUCCGAGACAGGAGAUGACGCCAUCCUGGGGAGGCUGCUCAGGGCCCAGGAAGGGGGCGCGGGCUCGCCCACCGAGUACUCGGCCUUCCUGACACGCUGUUUCGUCUGCCGUGUGCGCUGCCUGCUGGACAGUACUUCAGGCUUUCUGGAGGAAAUGGAGGGAGAAGAGAGGGCAGGAGGGGCGAACCCGGCUGUGUCCCCUUUUGGAGGGGGUGAGGGCCACACGUGCAGGCCGAGAGCGAGCGAGCGGGAGAAAUGUGAUCUGCUGCGGGCGGGUGAGCCCAGUGGAGCAUCUGCAGUCCUGCAGGCUCUGCCCUCAGGACCCUUCGAGAAAGAGGCAGCUUCUCACAUUAUGGCACAAUCCCAGAUCUUCUGCUACCACCACAUCUUCUAUUAG